UAUUCUAAUGUUAUUGCAAUGAAGUUCUCUCAGGUGGUGUCAAUUUCACUUUUACUAUUAACCAAAUAUGUACGCAGUGACUUUACCGAAGGUCAACCAUGCACAGAAAAGAAUACAGCAUACUUAACAGACGAACACCAGACAAUACCAGAAAUCCGAAUCUACUGCGUUGAUGUCACUGGUUUUAAGAGUAACGUGGAUGGAAAUGCUAAUCUGGACCAAUAUAAAUCUUUUUUUGAUGCAUCCCAAACAGCUGAGACUCUUUACUCAAAUAGUCUAGAGUUAACGAGUUUUCCAGUGAAUGUCAUAUCAUCUUUACCAAAUCUUCAGUUGGUGGAUCUUAAUUUUAACCACAUUACCAAUUUACCUACAGAACUAUUUAAGUACGCACCCAAUAUAAAAACUCUUCUUUUAGCUGGGAACAGAAUACUUGUACCAGAAGAAGGACCUCUUUUAGUGUCUGACACUUUGGAAACUUUAAUGUUAACUAAUAAUCUAAUCAAUAAAUUAUAUGAAUCAACUUUUAAAGAAUUACCUAACUUACACGUAUUAUAUAUAGACGAUAAUAAUCUACAAGACCUUGUUCCUAUUUAUGGAACAGUACCCAAUUUACAAUAUUUGGAUGUACGUCGUAACUAUAUAAAACAUUUACCUUCGAGAGGAGACAUAUCCACAUCACUGAAACGAUAUUUUAGCAAACCACAAAAGGAGUUACAACAAUAAUGUUUAUAAUUGUAAACAAACUGUCAUUAAUAAAAUAUAUUGAUCU